AUGCAAUGACUCAGCAGGAAAGUGGCUAACGCACCACCUUGAGACUGGCCAGCAGGACAGGCAUGAACCUGAGCGAGAACUGCAGACAUUUUUUGUAGUUCUGAUCAGAGUCAUGAAUACAUCCAUGUAGGAUACUUGAUGUGGACGCUCUCGCUAAAAGCCCACUUUUGAGAAUUGCUGAGCUAUGAAGUGCCAUUGUCUGUUGUAAUUGUUAUAAUUAAAGUGGCAGCAAGCAGGGAAUUACACUGGUGCUCAAUUCAGGUAAAUGGAAGCUGUAAAACCCUCUGAUGUAUUUAAAGCUCUCAAUGUGCCUGUUUGGCUUAGAGAGUCACACUAAAUACAUGCUUCCAAUCACUUAAGAUUUGCUUUGCUCAAGUGGGUUUUACUAGAUGCUUAUUGAACACCACAUUUUAAAGCCCAUCAUCAAUAAUACAUGACUUGAUCCUUGGGCCUCUUAGGAUAUAAGCAAGGCCCCUUAGAAUAGUAUUUUCUAAUAAAGCUAAAAUAAUAGCAUUGAGAUUAUCAUGGUUUUCACCCAAAGCAGAGGACUGCACAGCUUUUCCUUUGCAGCUGUGGCUACUACAAGUUCAUUUAAACUGCCUCAAGCCGUUUGCUACACAUCAGGAUUGACAAAAGGAAAAUAAUUCCUUUUAAGGAAACAUUUGAUUUAACUCAAUUGCUACUUUUCUGCUUGGCCAGGCCAUUCCCCUGGACAAGAAAUGGAGCAACAGCCUGGUGCACGUGGGACUCUUGAGCUACUUCCUUUUUUUAACUCCUGCACCAGUUGUUGGCCAAAAAUAAACACCAUUCCACAACCAUAUAUGUUCAACAGCCCAGUGGUGAUUCUGUGGCUGGUCAGGCCCCUCCAGUAUUGCUGUUAAUCCACUCUGCCAGAAUAUACGAUCCUCUUUCCUAAAAGCACGGCUCUGCAUGGGCUAUGCAUAUAACCCAGCUUAAUUGGGAAUGCCUGUUGCACCUAUUUUCUUUCCUGGACAAAAACAGCAGAAAGAGUUUAGCCCAGACAUGUCACAAAUUGCUAGAAGUGUUUCAGGAGCCUUUUUUGUGGCCUGUACUGAAUUUCCAUUCUCCUGUGGAACUAAAGAAGGAUAAUUUUCUCUUGGGACCAGCUUUAAGGUACCUGUCCAUCUGCUGGCAUUCAAGCAGAGUCAAGGUGUGUAACAUUGAGGACUGGAUGAAAAACACAUUCCAGAAAGACAUCUGUCGUAAGCAUGAAAAUGCUGUCAAUGAUUUUUUAAUACAAGUCUGCAACAGACGCAGGCAGAGUUGGAAACGGUGCCCAAACUUGCUGUCCCUGACCCUUUCUGGAUGUGGCCAUGUCACAGAUGAUUACCUGUUGUUGCUUCUCAAGAGCUGCCCAAACCUCAAGAUACUGAAACUGGAAAACUGCGUGCGGAUCACUGACCGGACUCUGGAAGCUGUGACCCUCUAUGGGGGCUCUUUACAAACCCUCCAUGUGGAUUUCUGCCGGAACAUAACUCAGGCUGGUCUGGAGACAGCCCAGGAAAAAUGUCCUUCAAUAAUGCUGAAAGCAGAGAGAAGUGCAGACAUGAUUCCAGACUACGAACCAGGGGAAAAAUUGAUGCUUGAAAGAGCAGUGAGAAAACUGGUACUGCAUUAAGAGGGACCGAUUCCAGAAAGUCAAUAUAUGUGAAGAGAGACUGACAUUUUGAGGUUCCACCCAGUCUGCAAUUAAGCCUAGCUAUAUGCAUAUUGGCUUUGUUUAUAAAAGAAUAUUUUAUAAAUUUCACAAAUACUCCUGUUUCACCUGGGUAAGGCGUUUACCUUGAUGGCAAUGGUCUGGCACCACUGGUCCUUCAUACUGGAAAAUUCCCUGUGCUGGCACAAAGGAGAUGACUUCUCAAUGAUGAGAAAGGAGGCUGGACUGCUCACUUGGAAACAUAAUCCAGUCUGCAUGCUUUAAGGUUGGAAAAAAAGCUUUACUUUAUCAGAUAAUUAACUAAUCAUUAGCUUCUCCUGAUUAAAGCCAUCUACAGAGCAUAGUAACUUUGUCCUUUUAAGUAUACAGUGGGUUAGAAUGAAGAGCAUUGUGUAGUCACAGAAGAGAAAUCCUUAGGAUAGCAAAAUGAUCUCUUCCUCUUCCCCAACCUCCCAAAUCCAGGUGUGCAAUAUCUUUCAAAGGCUCACAGUGCUACCACAGUAUCCAAGACCCUCCUACCAAAAGCAGUGUCCAUCUACUUCACCUAGAGUCUAGCAAAUGAGUGACAAGAUGAGCAAGCUGCUGCCUUGCAGAUUAUUUUUUAGGAUAUGAUUGGCUUUUCUGCCCAUCAGAUAGAGAAAAAUCUUACAGGGAAAAGCAUUCUAUUAUUUACAUUUAUAUUGCAGUACUGUCUAAAGAUUGGGCCCCACUGUUCUAGGUGCUGAAGUAAAUCAUAUUGCUUACAAAUAGCUUUAUGCUCCUAUUUAAUGCUAUACUUUAGCCACUCUCUUGCUCUUGGGAGAGUCAGAACAAAGAGCCCUAGAUUCCACAGUUCUUGCCAGGUGGAUCAAAACAGCUUUGACAGGUUCUAACGUGUACCAGGGUUUUUCCUUAGGAUAUUGAAUAUGCUGCAGAAUAAAAGCAGAACUCUCUCCCAAAAGCUGUAAAACAGUGCUAGUAGCUUUUGGUGUAAAAGCUUAGCCAAGGAGCUAGUUCCGUGUUCCUGAAUGGGGAGUCAAACAUCUUCCUUGGCAAUUGACAAGUCUGGUCUUGUCUCAACUGUAGUGGUGCAGGUCUGUCCAAGGUUCCCUAGCACAGCUCUGCCAACGAACCUCAGGUCUCCUUUCAACAUCCUGAUUAUCUCAAGACUGCAAAGAUUAGUCCAGUAAAUUGCAUGGAGACAGUGAUUUGUACAAAUGAAAACCAGGAUAUCACCACAAACUAAUUCAAAAUGCACAUUUAUUCAAAGAUGAGAAGCUAGCAGCCUAUAUUAGGAUGAGGCUUUCUUUGGACAACUGAAGUUUCCAGAUCACAAGCCCUAGUUCUAAU